AUGCGGGUCGAGGUGUUCGACGCGACCGCGGUGCGUGCGCACGUCGACGAGGUUCGACGCGUGCACGCGGAGUGCUUCCCAGGAGAGGUCGCGGACGACGAGCCGGACGCCGCGUUCUGGGACCGCGUCACCGCGUGCCACGACGAGGACGCCAUCACGUGGUUCCUCCUCUUCGACGACGACGGCCCCGCGAUCGAAGCCGAGGGAUCCGCCCAUGAAAUGAUUUUCGACGCGAAGACGUCGCCGCCGCCGCCGCCCCCCGCGCCGCGACCGCUCAUCGGUUUCGCCGCGGCGACGCCGUACACCGCGAGCCUGUACGGCAUGCACCUCGGCGUGACACGACCACACCGAGGGCGAGGCCACGGCGCGUGGAUCAUGCGAGAGGCGCAGUGUUGGGCGCACGAGCGCGGCUACCCCAAGGUCCAGGCGACGGUGGAGCGCGCGUCGACGCGGCUGAUGAAGUAUUACGCGUCGCUCGGCGCCACCGUCGUGGAGACCGGGUUCGGGGGCGGCGGCGGCGGCGGCGGCGGCGGGGAGGCGGGGAGCAUCGUUCGCGUGGAGAGGGUGUUCGACGAGGUGAUCGCGACGACGGAGAGGGACGCGAGCAGGGCGCACGCGAGGGCGUUGGAGUCGUCGGCGGCGGCGGCGGCGGCGGGGUCGGGGGCGGGGACGCGGAGAAGGCGAGCGGCGGGGUCGGGGGCGGCAUCGUUCGCCGCGGGCGCCGUCGUCGCGAUGCUUCUCCGGAGGCGGCGAUGA